AUGGAUUGGUUGAUGGAUGAACUCGAUGAUUUCGAAGAGGAUUAUCUCAUUAUCGAUUGUCCUGGUCAGAUCGAGUUAGUUUGUGCUGUAUUCAUGGUGGAUUCACAAUUCAUUCUCGACAGUUGUAAAUUUAUUAGUGGUUCACUCAUGUGUUUAUCGGCAAUGAUUCGUCUCGAGAUUCCACAUAUCAAUAUCUUUCAAUCUGUGCUUUCGAUAAUUUCAAAUUGUUUAAUUCCAUCUGAUCAUCAACAAUAA